GUUAAAGUAGCACGCCGGAGAUCCAGCUUCCGGAGUCUCCUUUCGUUCCCGGGUCUUAGCGGGGUGGGGACGGCGGCGGCGAUGAGGCAGAAGCACUACCUUGAGGCCGCGGCGCGGACACUGCAGGAGAGCUGCCCGGGCCAGGCCCGCUAUCUCCUCUGGAGCUACGGUUCGUCACCAGAUACUAAAAGCACUUUUGAAGGAACAUGUCCAUACUGUUUCCAGUUGCUGGUUCUGGAUAACUGUCGAGUGCGCCUCAAACCCAAGCCCAAACUGACAGCCAAAAUACAGAAACUUCUUAAUCGAGAAGCAAGAAAUGCACUCAGUUUUAAAGAAGCAAAAAUUGUGCAAAAGUACAGAGACUCCAAAAGCGUAUUGCUGGUCACUUGUAAAACAUGUAACAGAACAGUAAAGCAUCAUGGUAAAAGUAGAAGCUUUCUGUCAGCACUGAAGAGCAACCCUACCACUCCUACACGUAAACUCAGCCUGCAGACACCAGAGAGAAAAACUCGAAGUUCUGCAAACAUGAAUCAUGAUAUGUCUGGUUCCAGAGGCAAGAGCCCAGCAUUGAUUUUCAGAACACCUACAUCUGGACAGUCAACACCCACUUGCUUCUCAAAGAAUGUGAGCAAAACAAAGAAGCACUACUCUCAACUAAAAGUGUUGCUUAGUCAGAGUGACUCCCAAAAGAGUCCAAAGGUUGACUUCAGAAAUUUCUUAUCUUCUUUGUAAAGGACGGACUAUGAAAACAAAUGUUUAAUGCAAUUUUUGAAACUAAACUUAGUUAGAAAAACAGCCUUAUGAGAGGGUCUACUCACUCCUUUCUGGGUUUCUAUAACCUUACUGCUAAUUCAGAAAAAGGAUCAAGUAUGUGUGUACUUGUUUUCCCACAAUCAUCUGCAUGACUAUUAGUAAAAAUUUAACGUUCCUAUUUUGCAUGCAAAAGUAAAUAUAUGGGACAUUCUUGACUAUAGAUGAUUCAGUCAGACACCAAAUUUUUCAUUUUUACAACUUUCUGUUGUUUCUUUGGUCAUAUUUCACCAUCAGUGGCAUUUCAUGUCUCUGGUGAAGACUCAUUUCUAGUUCUAAAAUUUACAUUAGAAUAUAAUGUAAGAGUUUAGGUAUCUUGAGUCUUUUUUGGAAUACAGAUAUAAAUUUUUUUAAAUGAUAGGCUAGGAUUGUAUUCAACCUGUUUUUAAAAACUCAUUAAAUAAAUAAUUUAGAUACUUUAAACUACGAUCUGUUUCCAAGCCUCUCUGCUGCAUAUAGUUUAAAACUUAUUUUUCUCCCAUUAGGGCUUGGUAAACUAUGAAAGACCAAGGUCAUUAACAAGUUGGUAGUUGUGUGAAGUGAAAUUACACCAGCUAGUGACAGCAUUAACGAGGGACGGUGAGGGUCAUCAUUCUGAACUUGAGACUAAGCCACAGGCUCGGGGCUGGGCCUUGCCUUUGUGUCCACAGCACCUAGCAUCAUACUUUGGUCGUGACAGAUACUUUGCCUUUCUGGCUAACUUCUCACUGGAGCAUCUAUUUAUCUUGAACUCUUGCUCUUGUUUGCUUACCCCUCUCCCUGAUCACUCAGCCCUAGUGAGCUCUUUGCAGUUCUCAGAACAUACUGUCUUCUUGCCAGCCUUGGGCCUUUGCACAUGGUUUUGGAAACUGCUGUCUACUCCAACCCCACUGCAUUAUGAGCGGACACUUUUUUAUCAACAGUGCUGGUGACCCUAUAGUUUGUUUCUGCCUGUGCGCUCUUUGCAGGUCUGGGUGAUCUCACCUGUGCCACUAGCACAUAGUUUCCUGCCCAGCACGUAGCACAAGCUCUGCAAAUAUCCCUGCAUUACUACAUUUUAAUUCCACUUCUUAGCCCACUUGUUCCACACUAGGUUUAGAACUAAAGAUCUUUUACAGCCACAUUACUGGGAAGUGGAUAAGAAGGAGCAAAAGUAGGAACUCCUAAGUGGAAAGCUGUUUACAUUUCCUUAGUUGCAAAUGAAGAACAUGGAUUCUUGACUUUCUCUUCUGUUUGGCAGAAAGGGCCUUUGGGCAUCUCUAAAGAAGGUAUUAAAAUUAUAGCGUGGAUACAAAACUUGUAGAAGAAAACAGGACUAAAUCUUCAGAAUCUUGGAUUAUGCAAUAUAACACCAAAAGCACAAACAACAAAAAUAUAAAUUGGACAAUUAAAAACUUGUGUGCCUCAAAUGAGGAUACCAUCAAGAAAGUGACAAGAUAACUCACCAAAUAUUUGCAAAUUAUGUAUCUGUUAAGGGGCCCAUAUCCAGAAUUAUAAAGAACUCUUAAAAUUCAAUAAUAAAAAGACAAAACAUGGACAAAGAAUCUGAGCAGACAAUUCUCCAAAGAAAAUAAAUGGCCAACAAGCACACUCCUAAGUAUAUACCCAAGAGGACUGAAAGCAUGUCUACACAAAAUCUUGCAUAUAAAUAAUCAUAACAGCAUUAUUUGUAAUAGCCAGCAAGUGGAAACAACCCAAAUGUCAUGAGAUGUGGAGCCAGGAACAGCAGAGCACCACUGACCCUGUGGACUGCAGCAAGCCUAUGCCAAACUGAAGGCAGCCAUCAUGAGGAUGAAAAGGGCCCUUGUGAGCCAGAGAGGGAAGGGAUGAGCAGAACCCCGAGAGAAAAAGCAAACCAACAGGAAUGGGUGGCAAAGAGGCAAGAGGGGAUGAGGCUCUAACAGUUGUCUCAUUAGUGUCACAAAGAACUCUGGUGUCGCAGAGCUGGAUCUGCAGGCGAAAAUCAUGUGCAACAUAUCCUAGUUCAUGCUAUCCACUAUUUUCACCCUCAGCACAGCCCCUUGGGCUUUAACUGCAAAAAGGACAAUGUGACUUAACGUGAUCCCUUCAGAUUUUAGAAUGCUAAGUAAUGUUCCUAAGUAUAUCAAACCUGAGAGGGGCAGUGCCAGUGGAUGAACUGGGACUCAAAAUACAAUGCCACAUUUGAGACCUUGCUCUGCCUUAAAGCCGAGUUCUCUACUUUUCUCACCAGUGCCUCUUACUUGCUUCUCUCCUGUUAGGUAAAAAGAGACAGCCUACCCAACAGGGCCAGUCUGGCCAUCUAGCCUGGAUGUCAACCCCUCUGACAGCUUCUCCCCCUACUAGAUCCUUGCUGUCAGCACUUUUUUUUUUAGUAAACCAUUUUAUUGAUAUAUCUCACACAUAACACACACAUAGAAAAAUGCUCAAAACUGACCACAAGCUUAACUCAGGUGCCUCUACUGGACUUGGAAGGCCCCCUGUACGUGCCUCUGCAUAGCUCUUCUCACAUAGCUCUUCUCACCUGAUGAGAUUCGUGCCUGAGUGCCUCCCACUCUGAGCUCGGGGGGACGUAACCCCAAAGCAGAACUCAGCUAGAAAGUGUUCAGUAUGUUUCUGUCUGUCCUGGAACUAAACUUACAAUUAAAUAUAAAUAAGAAUUUUUCCCAAUAAGUCAAUUUGCAUAUAAUACUAGUUAUUUUAAAAGAAAAUCCCAAUUUUUCUUUAAAAAAAUAAUAGACAAUUUUUCACAGACUACUAGUUUUAAUUAAGUAGUUUUUACUUUCUAUUUUGAUGCUCAAAUGGUUACAUCUUGGCCAAUGAGAGCCCCCUUUCAGCUGACUUCUUGAUUCUUUCAAUUCCAUCAGAACUUGGAAAGCAGUCUCGUUUUCUUGCAAAAAAAGCCCCAGGACCACCUUCCUUCUCUCAGCCCUAAGACAUGGCAGCAGCCACUCUAAAAAACCCUGUUACUUUUGAGCAGACAUUAGUAAUGACGCCAAAAAUGGGAUGUUGGGGAUACUUUUACUGAGGGGUAGAGUGAUAUUGCUACACUAGACCAGCGGUUCUCAACCUUCCUAAUGGCACGACCCCUUAAUACAGUUCCUCAUGUUGUG